AUGUGCUUCAGACACCGUGAGGCUUUCGUCGUCCCUUAUCAUGCGUCGUCGCCAAUCAGCGUGCGCCUGUUCCGCAACAUAGAUAAGGGCUCGACAUCUCAGGCUGAACUUGCCGAAGCUGGAGAGAUUUCUGAUGCGGCUUCAUCGGAGAACGAACGAUACUACCGGCCUUUAUUAGAUGAAGAUCGCGGCAUCCUUACUGAAAGGCAAUGGAGGCCGAUGUUGAUGAGGCUUGUGCAACUUUGCCGCGUCCCGGAGUUAUCGGAGUUAUCGAAACUUCAUCAAUACCCGCAUCAGGGCAUCGCAGCCAGAGGCUUACCCACCAACAACUACGCCCUGCCUCGGGCCCUGCGCGACUUUAUUUCUGAGCAGGAUCCGGAACAGUCAGCGAGGCCGAGCGAAGAGCAGGUCCGGUUGCUGCCGGACGUUCUGCAACGUCCGAUGAAGAAGCUCAUCGCCCACAUCGCUCAAGAGCCGGAUGCCGUAUCCAACAAGACGCAGAAGAAUAGGUUAUGUCGACUCUUCUACUAUCUUGACCCAAGAUUCGUUCAAGCAUCACACGAGGUAGUCAAAGGCGUUAUCGCGAUACAUUACCCGGCAGCGGACUUAUUCUCGCAAGAGGCAGGAUUCGACAUCUAG